GCCUUCACUGCAGGGCAGGAUGGGUGCUGCAGCAGUGCCAGCAGUGUCUGCCUGCAUGCUGCUGGCCCUGGCCCUUCUGCCCAUAGCUGGUGGCCAGACCAGCCCUCCUUCCGGCUGUGGCAAAGACCUCUCCUCCCUCUACUACAACCUCUGUGACCUCACGGCAGCCUGGGGCAUCGUGGUGGAGGCUGUGGCCAGCCUUGGCGUGGUCACCACCUUUGUGCUUACCAUUGUCCUGGUGGCCAGCCUGCCCUUCAUGCAGGAAUCUCAGAAGAAGAGCCUGGUGGCCACACAGGUCUUCUUUCUUCUGGGCACCUUUGGGCUCUUCUGCCUGACGUUUGCCUUUAUCGUGGGGCCGGAUUUCUCCACCUGCACCUCCCGCCGCUUCCUCUUUGGCGUCCUCUUCGCUAUCUGCUUCUCCUGCCUGCUGGCACAUGCCGUGGCCCUCAACUUCUUGGCACGGAGGAACCGGGGCCCGCGCGGCUGGGUGACUCUGGCAGUGGCUUUGCUCCUCACCUUGGUGGAGAUCAUCAUCAAUGCCGAGUGGCUCAUUAUCACGGUGGUGCGGCAGGAGGGCUCCCCGGACCCUUGCCGGCUGGCAGAUGCCGACUUUGUCAUGGCACUCAUCUAUGUCAUGUUCCUGCUGGUGGCUGCCUUCGUCACUGCCUGGCCGGCUCUCUGCGGGCGCUACGGCCGCUGGCGCAAGCACGGCGCCUUCAUCCUGGCCACCACCGGCUGCUCCGUGGCCAUCUGGGUGGCGUGGACAGCCAUGUACCUCUACGGGAACCAGCGCACAGGCAAGAAGCCCGGCUGGGAUGACCCCACGCUGGCUAUUGCCCUGGUGUCCAAUGCUUGUGCCUUCCUCCUCCUCUACGUCAUCCCUGAGGUGACGCACGUGACACGGCGGAGUCCCGAGCAGGCCUUCGAGGACGACAUCUACCCCACACGUGGGGUGGGCUACGAGACCAUUCUCAAGGAGCAGAAGUCACAGAGCAUGUUUGUGGAGAACAAAGCCUUCUCCAUGGACGAGCCCUCCUUCGCCAAGAAGCCUGUGUCCCCAUACAGCGGCUACAAUGGGCAGCUGCUGACCAGUGUCUACCAGCCCACUGAGAUGGCACUGAUGCACAAGGGGCCGGACCACACGGGGCUGGGGAUGUUCUCGGUGCCGCUACACCCCCCUGUGUCUGCCCCGCAGACCGAAGGUCCCUACGAUGUGAUCCUGCCCCGCGCCUCCACCUCCAGCCCAGCUGCUGGCAGUGCCAGCUCCACACUGCGAGCCGAGGACGCCUUUGCAGUGCAGGCCCGGCAUGCUGGUGCCCAGAGGGAUGGCAGGAACUGCCAGGUGCAGUCCCCGUAUGGCAGGAAUCGGUGGUGA